AUGUCGAAGCCUCCUAUUAACCCAGACAAAACUGCAGCAGGAAUUGCUCUCGAUCCGCGCACUCUGGAACGUGUCAUUCCAGAAUCAAAGAGACCAGACGGAUCAGUCCGAAAGCAGAUAAAAAUCCGUCCGGGUUUUACCCCCCAAGAGGAUGUAAGACGCUUUAGGGGUACAAAACAGGCUCAAAUGGAUGCAACUUCACUGCCAAAGGGGCAUAUAAUCGGAUGGAUACCACCAUCUUCUGCUCAGAAUAAAGCGGGAGCAGCCACCACCCCAGCACCAAAUAAGAACGCGAAGAAAAGGCAGCAGCAGAAAGCCAGGAGAGCAGCUAACGCCGACAAAGUAGCAGUGAAGGAAGACUGGGAGGACGAAGACGAGGAGGACGAGAAAGGGGAAGAGAAAGGAAAGGUCACAAAGGCGGACAAAGCUGAGACUGGUGAUAUCACUACCAAGAGUGCCCAUACUUCGGACACACCUAAUUGGGCUGCUGCACCUGAGGCCACGCCAAGUGCGGAAAAAACGUCCGACGCACUGGCUGAGAAACUCGAGAAACUCAAUGUAGGGUGA